GAAAAUGGUUUUCAAAAAUAUCGCCUAAAAAUUACAAAAAUACCCUACGGAAAAAUUCGAUCAAAUUUCUGCACAAAUCGGCCGUUACUAGACUUCAUCGUUGGUGUGAUGAUUUGCCUUCAAAAUCCAAGGAAAAUGGCAUUUCCGAUAAAUCGCCCGAAAUCGGUGAUGGUACCCCUUAGGAAUCUAGCAAAAUUUGCACAAGAAAUUUUCCACCCGAAUCGGUGUUUAAUAGACUUAUUCGUCCCUAACGAAUAGCCUCAUGCUGAAUCUGUGAUUUGCACCCUUCAAAAUCUAAGGGAAAUGGGCUUUCAAAAAUAUCGCCUCAAAUUACGAAAAUACCCUCUGGAAAAAUUUGACCAAAUUAAUGCCCAAAUCGGCCAUUACAAGACUUCCUCGUUGGUGGAGAGUACCCUAAGGCCGAAUUUGUGAUCCAUCGCCUUCAAAAUCCAAGGAAAAUGGCAUUUCCAAUAAAAAUCGGUGAUGUUGGAAUCUGGCAAAAUUUGACCCGGAUAAUUUUCGCCCGAAUCGGUGUUUAAUAGACUUACUCCUCCCUAAAGAAUAGUCUCAGGCUGAAUCCGUGAUCUGCACCUUUCAAAAUCUAAGGAAAAUGUCCUUUCGAAAAUAUCGCCUAAAAAUUACGAAAAUGACCUCAGGAAAAAUUCGACCAAAUUUCUGUCCAAAUCGGCUAUUACUAUAUUUCGUCGUUGGUGGAGAGUUCCCUAAGGCCGAAUAUGUGAUCCAUCGCCUUCAAAAUCCAAGGAAAAUGGCAUUUCCAAUAAAUCGCACGAAAUUGGUGAUGGUACCCCUUUGGAAUCUGGCAAAAUUUGCCCCGGAUAUUUUUCGCCCGAAUCGGUGUUUAAUAGACUUAUUCGUCCCUAAAGAAUAGUGUCAGGCUGAGUCUGUGAUCUACACCUUUCAAAAUCUAAGGAAAAUGGCCUUUCAAAAAUAUCGCCAAAAAUUACGAAAAUGCCCUCGAGAAAAAUUCGAUACAAAAUUUCUAUCCAAAUCGGCCAUUACUAGACUUCAUCGUUGGUGGAGAGUUCCCUAAGGCCGAAUCUGUUAUCCAUCGCCUUCAAAAUCCAAGGAAAAUGGCAUUUCCAAUAAAUCGCCCGAAAUCGGAGAUGGUACCCCUUUGGAAUCUGGCAAAAUUUGACCCGGAUAUUUUUCGCCCGAAUCGGUGUUUAAUAGACUUAUUCGUCCCUAUAGAAUAGUGUCAGGCUGAAUCUGUGAUCUACACCUUUCAAAAUCUAACGAAAAUGGCCUUUCAAAAAUAUCGCCUAAAAAUUACGAAAAUGCCCUCGAGAAAAAUUCGAUACCAAAUUUCUAUCCAAAUCGGCCAUUACUAGACUUCAUCGUUGGUGGAGAGUUCCCUAAGGCCGAAUCUGUUAUCCAUCGCCUUCAAAAUCCAAGGAAAAUGGCAUUUCCAAUAAAUCGCCCGAAAUCGGAGAUGGUACCCCUUUGGAAUCUGGCAAAAUUUGCCCCGGAUAUUUUUCGCCCGAAUCGGUGUUUAAUAGACAAAUUCAUCCCUAAAGAAUAGUCUCACGCUGAAUCCAUGAUCUGCACCCUUCAAAAUCUAAGAAAAAUGGCCUUUCGAAAAUAUCGCCUAAAAAUUACGAAAAUGAACUCAGGAAAAAUUCGACCAAAUUUCUGUCCAAAUCGGCUAUUACUAGAUUUCGUCGUUGGUGGAGAUUUUCCUAAGGCCGAAUCUGUGAUCCAUCGCCUUCAAAAUCCAAGGAAAAUGGCAUUUCCAAUAAAUCGCCCGAAAUCGGUGAUGGUACCCCUUUGGAAUCUGGCAAAAUUUGCCCCGGAUAUUUUUCGCCCGAAUCGGUGUUUAAUAGACUUAUUCGUCCCUAAAGAAUAGUGUCAGGCUGAAUCUGUGAUCUGCACCCUUCAAAAUCUAAGGAAAAUGGCCUUUCAAAAAUAUCGCAUAAAAAUUACGAAAAUGACCUUAGGAAAAAUUCGACCAAAUUUCUGUCCAAAUCGGUUAUUACUAGAUUUCGUCGUUGGUGGAGAGUUCCCUAAGGCCGAAUCUGUGAUCCAUCGCCUUCAAAAUCCAAGGAAAAUGGCAUUUCCAAUAAAUCGCCCGAAAUCGGUGAUGGUACCCCUUUGGAAUCUGGCAAAAUUUGCCCCGGAUAUUUUUCGCCCGAAUCGGUGUUUAAUAGACUUAUUCGUCCCUAAAGAAUAGUGUCAGGCUGAAUCUGUGAUCUGCACCCUUCAAAAUCUAAGGAAAAUGGCCUUUCAAAAAUAUCGCAUAAAAAUUACGAAAAUGACCUCAGGAAAAAUUCGACCAAAUUUCUGUCCAAAUCGGUUAUUACUAGAUUUCGUCGUUGGUGGAGAGUUCCCUAAGGCCGAAUCUGUGAUCCAUCGCCUUCAAAAUCCAAGGAAAAUGGCAUUUCCAAUAAAUCGCCCGAAAUCGGUGAUGGUACCCCUUUGGAAUUUGACAAAAUUUGCCCCGGAUAUUUUUCGCACGAAUCGGUGUUUAAUAGACUUAUUCGUCCCUAAAGAAUAGUGUCAGGCUGAAUCUGUGAUCUAUACCUUUCAAAAUCUAAGGAAAAUGGCAUUUCGAAAAUAUCGCAUAAAAAAUACGUAAAUGCCCUCCGGAAAAAUUCAACCAAAUUUCUGUCCAAAUCGGCCAUUACUAGACUUCAUCGUUGGUGGAGAGUUCCCUAAGGCCGAAUCUGUGAUCCAUCGCCUUCAAAAUCCAAGGAAAAUGGCAUUUCCAAUAAAUCGCCCGAAAUCGGUGAUGGUACCCCUUUGGAAUCUGGCGAAAUUUGCCCCGCAUAUUUUUCCCCCGAAUUAGUGUUUAAUAGACUUAUUCGUCCCUAAAGAAUAGUCUCAGGCUAAAUCCGUGAUCUGCACCAUUCAAAAUCUAAGGAGAAUGGCCUUUCGAAAAUAUCGCCUAAAAAUUAAGAAAAUGCCAUCCGGAAAAAUUCGACCAAAUUUCUGUCCAAAUCGGGCAUUACUAGACUUCAUCGUUGGUAGAGAGUUCCCUAAGGCCGAAUCUGUGAUCCAUCGCCUUCAAAAUCCAAGGAAAAUGGCAUAUCAAUAAAUCGCCCGAAAUCGUUGAUGUUACGCCUUUGGAAUCUGGCAAAAUUUGACCCGGAUAUUUUUCGCCCGAAUCGGUGUUUAAUAGACAUAUUCAUCCCUAAAGAAUAGUCUCAGGCUGAAUCCGUGAUCUGCACCCUUCAAAAUCUAAGGAAAAUGUCCUUUCGAAAAUAUCGCCUAAAAAUUACGAAAAUGACCUCAGGAAAAAUUCGACCAAAUUUCUGUCCAAAUCGGCUAUUACUAGAUUUCGUCGUUGGUGGAGAGUUCCCUAAGGCCGAAUCUGUGAUCCAUCGCCUUCAAAAUCCAAGGAAAAUGGCAUAUCAAUAAAUCGCCCGAAAUCGUUGAUGUUACGCCUUUGGAAUCUGGCAAAAUUUGACCCGGAUAUUUUUCGCCCGAAUCGGUGUUUAAUAGACAUAUUCAUCCCUAAAGAAUAGUCUCAGGCUGAAUGCGUGAUCUGCACCCUUCAAAAUCUAAGGAAAAUGUCCUUUCGAAAAUAUCGCCUAAAAAUUACGAAAAUGAACUCAGGAAAAAUUCGACCAAAUUUCUGUCCAAAUCAGCUAUUACUAGAUUUCGUCGUUGGUGGAGAGUUCCCUAAGGCCGAAUCUGUGAUCCAUCGCCUUCAAAAUCCAAGGAAAAUGGCAUUUCCAAUAAAUCGCCCGAAAUCGG